AGCUUCAAAACAGUGGAUCUUGCCUUGGAUACAGAAGUAUGACACGCAGACUUUUGACAAGACACGGAAUUGUGGUUCCGAGAACUGUUGUAUCAGAUGUACUGAGAAACUUGGAUCCCGAGGGUGUCUCAAGAAAAAGACGACAUCAGUUCAGCAGGCGGAUAUAUAUUAAUAAAGGACCAAAUUAUUUGAUACACAUCGAUGGAUAUGAUAAAUUGAAGCGUUACGGAUUUCCUAUCCAUGGGGCAAUUUGUGGUUUCUCCCGUCGGAUUUUAUGGCUGAAGCUAGCAAAUACCAACAACAAUCCGAAAAUUAUAGGGACGUUUUUCUUGGAAUACUUGAACGAAAUUAAAGGUAUUGAAAUAAAAAAAAAUGUGUAUACAGUACGAUAUUAA